UCUCUCAUAUGACAGGUUACGGUCCAGGCAACAUGUCUAACUCUCACCGCAAUGACUAUCGAUCGAUAUUUUCUGAUCGUGCAUGCCGUGCGAUCACGCAACACCAGGACAACUCGCCGAGCUUUACUCAUCAACGUUGGCAUAUGGUUAUUUUCUUUCGUGUUAUACUCUCCAGUGCUGGCGUUCAACAAGACGAUCGUUGAUAAACAUGGUGACGUGUUCUGCUCUCGCAAAUUCCCCUGGGAGCACGGCGACCUCGCAUUCUACUUAUUCAUUGUCCUAGCCACCUAUGGCGUCCCUCUAUCGGUCAUCAUGUUCUGUUAUGUCCAGAUCCUCUAUCAGGUGUGGCACAAGACGUCCGCUGGGACAGAAUCAGCGCAGGCCAACGCGAGGGCGCUUCGACGCAAGAAGAAGAUAACACGAAUGGUGUUCAUCGUCGUCACACUCUUUGCCUUGUGCUGGGCCCCUCUGCACGCAGUCAACAUCGCCAUUAACGUCGACCCUUCAUUCCGGGACGGGUUAAGCAACGAGUUCUACACGUUUUGUCUCUGUCUAGCUUACGCUAAUUCAUGUGUUAAUCCAUUUGUGUAUGCCUUUACUACAACAAGUUUUAAAAAGUACUUCAAAAAGUUCUUUUCAUCUGGAUGGAGUAGUAAGACGCGUGAAAACGUGUCUGUAAGUAUUAGUAUGAAGACAAAAAGUGAACGACUUACGACGUCACAAAUUAAAGAAGAUUCCUCAACCUAGUACACUGUUAAAAAAAUAGGUUGAAUAACACUGCCAUUUGUCGAAGUUGUCAGAAGACCACACCCAAAUGUGUUUUAGUGACACCCGUGCCGUGUAACACAAAGCUUAGCAAUUGAUCACAGUGUUGACUUUACAAUUGAUCAUACACGAUAUUCAAUGCAAUCAGUCAUAGAUAUCGGUCUCAUGAUCAAUCACUAAGUUUCAUGUUACGGGGGCCCUUGAGUCUCGAUGAUACGCGUAUAAUCUUUUUAAUAACAUCUACAGUGCGUAUAUCACGCAAAGUGUUGAAUUUACAUCCACAAAAUUUACACUGGUGUUUAUACAGUAUGCACUUGGUGUGAUCCUCUCUGAUGGUGUAGAUUCAACGACAUUUUUUGCAGUGUAAAUGGUAAAUAUGAACCGUUAAAGCACUCCCCUAAUUGAUCCUCGUAAAGAUAAGAAUGUAUGCCACACUUAAGAUUGAUUACCAUAGAAGACCCAUCGCCUUAUUAGGGUAAUUAAUAUCUAAGGGCCUGAAAGGUAGAUUGAUUAGACCCAUAAAUCCCGGAAUUGCCACAUUAGACACGGCAUGGGUAUCAUCUCCAUCAGUUAGACACGCUAAUAAAAUGUGAGGGGGCGAAGGGGGGGGGGGUGUCUAGCCCAGAGUGUACUGGUGUUCCAACACUAUUUCGCCGAUCAAAUUGCUUUCAAUUCCGAAUGUACUUCUGAAAAAUCUAAUAACAGAAAUUUGCACCGAAUUGCAAAGUAUUGCAUUUGAAAUAAUGUUUCUCCCUGCGCUCAUGCAUGUCAUGCCUGAAAUAAAAAAAUGUCCUGGUUGCAAUGGAGUAGUCGUUUUAUAUUAAUAUUGUUGAGGAUCCACAGAUGCGAAACUAUGCGCUCUUUCUGUUUUAUUACUGUUCAUAUCUAGUGCUAUUAUAUUUUGCUAUUCGGUUUGCUUCGCGUUGACUUCAAAUGGGAGCAUAGUGGUUUAUUGCUAGUUUAUGAUAUCGAUUUUCAUAAAGUUAUCAUUGUAAGUGAUAAGGAUAUUGGUUAAUCGGAAUAUUGGUGAUGGUCGUGGUGGCGAUGAUGAUGAUGAUGAUGAUGAUGAUAGCGACGACGACGACGACGAUGAUGAUAUUGAAAAUGAGGAUGAUUAUGAUUUGAUGACGAUGAUGAUGAUGAUGAUGAUGAUAAUGAUGACGAUGCUGCUGCUGAUGAUGAUGAUAGUGAUAGUGGUGGUUGUGGUGGUGAUGCUGAUGAUAAUGGUGAUGGUGGUGGUAAUGAGGAUGAUGUCGAUGGCGAUGAUGGUGAAGAUGAUUUCUAUGAUGAUGAUGACGAAGACUGUGAUGAUGAUAAUGCGAUGAUGAUUAUGAUGACUGCGGUGCUGAUGGUGAUGGUGAGAAUGGCAAUGCCCUCCUCUAUGCCGGUAAUGCUAUGAUAUAUCGUCUUAAGACGGACAUUGAAUGUUUGAUGUUGAAUAGUAUUGCUUUUCUUGCAUAAAACAGUUUUUAUCAAUAGUCUUAAUAAAAUUCAUAAAAAACAAUUAAUAUAGUUUAUGCUAUCUCUUCCUAUAAUUAUGAUAAUAUAAGAAUAUCACAAAAUCAUAUUUCAAAAAGUAGAGUCUUUAUACAUCUUUGUUCCAUAUAGACGUAACUUGUGAUCCGCCGUCUUACAGUUGACUUUCAGUCCAUCAAACAUAGGAUUUUAAGUUCAGCUGCACGGAACAAAAAAAAAUCACCUCUGCUACCUGUUUUGUUUUUCAUUUUGAUUUAAUCCCUUAUAAGUUCUCUAUACGGACGUUAAGUCCAAUUAUUUUUAUACGAUCUAUUGUCUUCCUUCUCGCGCUUCUUAAAAUGUUAGCCUCGAAGCCAUGUAAAAUCUAGAGUCAUACAUUAAAUGAACAAAAGAGGCCCUAGUAGAGAACCCUGGGGUAAAAAUUCUUCUGAAACUUUUGACCCGAUUGCACACAGGAGUUAUUUUGAACAAGAUUCAGUAAUGCUCACAUGAAUCAAUAGAAUCCAAAAUAACAAAGCAGUAUUGCGCUUUUCCUUUUGACUUUAAAGGUUUAAGGUCAUAAAAAUGGCUUAGUAUUAAGCAGAAAGCUGUUAAGGGAAAGUUACCGAAGAAUAAAAGUUUACUUGCAAGCACACUGCAUAUUUGGAAUGUUAUGCUCGGGUGAGUGUAUAUGUGUAUGUGGGUGAGUUUGCUAAUGUUAGGGUGUCCGUAUAUGAUGUGGGUGUGUUCAUCUGUCUGAGAUUGAUUUGUUGAUGCGAGCAAUGAGUGCGGGUACUGAGAUUUUCGAGCACUUUGUCAAGAGUUGGCAUUGGUUUGGCCGUGAUAUUAAAUAAAGGUGAAACUGAUUCGACAAAGAAAAAAGCGAAAAAGGAAACCAUGAUAAAUAUGAUAAAUGUUAUGUCAAAAUAUUUCGCAAAAAGAUUUUGUUUUACUCAAGACGCCAUUUUCCUUAAGACAUUUUGCCUCAUACGCAAUGUCUGACCCCCUAAUUUUUUUUGCCCAUUACGCCACUGGUAUACGUGUUACGUUAUUAACAUCAUACCAAAGAAUUGUAUUCAGUUUUAAUUUUUCAUUCAGACCGAUUCAAAAUAUACAAUGGGUUCAACGUGACAUUUUAUUUUUUUCAAAAUCAUUAAUUGAUAAGAUAUAUUCAACCCCUUUUGAAGUUGAAGUAGAAGCUUAAAAAUUGUCUUACUAUUGACAUAUUGAGAAAGAAAAAACAUUGGAUGUGCUAAUGUAUUAUAAUUAUAACUGCAAUACAGACUGACAGGACGUAAAAGCGAAGCGAGCGAGUAAAAAAAAAUAAUUUUUAAUGAAAUACGAUGGGUUAUAAAAAAAAAACAAUUGUAUGAAAAUGUGGGGCUGAUAUCCAUUACCACCAACCCCC